UCUCUAUCUCUACCCGACCAGGAAUGCUCCCCUCUUUCUCCCCACUCUCAUUACUCUUCCCUCAACCACUCUCAUUUCUCAAGACCACCUUCUGCAACACCCUCAAUCUCUCUGCGCCCCGCACUUCCUCCCCCUGCUCUCGGUUCCUCUGUUCGUCAGCUCUUCAUCCGGCGUUGGUUGGUACCGGUCUAACCCACUUGUUAACACAGGCUUUCUCUGACAACGGAUGCUUCCCCGAUCUGAGCUCAGAGACGCAGAGAAUCCUCGGCAGGAUGGACCGGAGCGAGAGAUACAUGAAUGUGAAGUUGGGAAACACGGACUCACGGUCUCCUUCCCGAGCUGAACCUGAUGUAUCGUACGCUGAACUGAAUUUCAAGUCCCGCUCUGCGCCCCGAGUCCGGACAGAUAGAGAGGAUCCGAACUUCACCUACUCAGAUCUGAAAUUUCGGAAUGAGGAACCCCGCAUCGAUCAGCAUGAAUAUCCUCCCAUUGCCUCGGGACCCGGCGGGUUGUCAACCACUACACAAACAGCGGCGCAAGAACAGGAGUCGAAAGUGAAGAUCGGAAAUAGACGGUACCGUCUGAUCUGCCUAGUUACGUCCGCCCUCAUGGUGGUAGUGGUGGGUCUCUCGAUUCAUGUGUCACAGAUUCGUCAGUCUUACGAAACAUGUCACCGAAACUCUAAUCUGUCCGAUCUUAAACGAAUGAACAGCGAUCUUCGUCACCAGUUCAAUGAGAUGGAAACGAAGUACAGAUCUGCCAAAGAAACCAAGACUCAAAUCUGUGAAUUGCUGACAAGCAGAAGAGAGCAAACGUGUUCCAAGGACUGGGUCACAAAUAAAGACCGGUGUUAUUACGUAUCCACGAUUGACACAUCUUUCCAAAAAGCGAUGCAAGAAUGUUCAAACCGUCAUUCAAGGCUGCUGGCAAUCAAUACAAGUGAUGAAACGAGCUUUGUAUUCCUCAAUCUUCUGGACAGCAAACUUGUUUUCUGGAUUGGAAAAUGUGAAAACGGGACUGUGGGCCGGAGCCUCCUGUACAAGCUGCCCUCUGGAGCGCCCGUCUGCAGACAGUGCGGAAGGAAUAUCAUGUGUGAUGGUGAUUGGGCGUUCAUCUGCGAGAAGUCGGCACCCUUGUUCCCAGAUAUUCCUGAAAAGAUCCAAGGUCUCUGUCAACAGCCAGUAAAGGAGACAUGAAUCAAGUGACUACCCCCAUUUUCUCCUCCUUCUCUCCCCUUCACUCUCACUCCUAAAUCCUUUCAAAUUCCCUCCCAGCAUUCUCUGCCCCUCCCUCCUACUCCAUCUCCUCUUGUUGCAACCAUGUUCUCCCCACCAGACACCGACAAUUCCCUCUCGCCGUCUAUCCCCUUCUCUCUCUCCAUUUCCACGUCCAGCUCUUCCCCGCUCCCUCUACAUUUCUCUACCCCCUCACCUCCCCUUAUUUCCUCGAACUUUCUCCGCCCGCUCUUUCUCUUCUCCCUCUGCACACUUCUUACAUCUCUCUUCCCUUCACUCCCCCAGACACUCUCUCUCCCCUCCCCGUUCUCUCUGAACCCUCCGUCUCCCUGAUCUGUCUCUCCCUCUCUCUUUCUGCUUUCCAUUCACUCUCACCUCAAUUCCUGUCCCGUCUGGUGCUCGAUAGCCCAACCCUGGGUGAAAGACUGUCCGCAUUCCCUCUGUCUGUGCCCCUCUUGUACCAAGGCAGCGUGACCUCCCGAAUCCUGUACUCAGUGUGACUGGUGAAUAUUAACGGGUCAAGUGUCCUGUCCACUCGUAUCGGAUGUUUUCCUCAGGAAUCGCUAUUUCAUUUAUUAUCUGAAAUUUAUAACGCCUGGAAUUUGUACUUUUGAACUAUCAGUAAGGCGCAAAGAUGUACAAUUAAUGCAAACUGCAAAUAUUAUUAAACACCGCAAAUAUGCCGAGUUUUUGCUGAUGCUUUGAAAGAUGUGAUGGCGCAGGGGAAGAAGCUUUUGCCGAAUCGCUGUGUGUGGGUGUUCUGUCUCCCGGAGCUGUCAAAUACUCCACCUACAAUACCACGUUCAAUCCCGUUAACAUUCCCGUGAACCUUCUCCAAUGUCUCACAUCACCUGUGAGAUAAGCGAUGGAAACCUGCUCACAGAACUCCAAAUGUGGCCUCACCAGUGACGUAUUAAGCCUGAGAAUGACGUCCUUGCGUUUCCGUCCCAGUCCUCUCGAAAUGAAUGCUGUCAUCUCAUUUGCCUUCCUCACCGCCGGCUCAAGCUGCAGGUUAAACUUUUGGGAAAGCUGCACGAAGUCUCCCAAAUCCCUCUGCACCGCAGAUUGUUUUUAACACUUACAUACUGUGCCGGGCAUGUUUCACCCGUUUUGACAUGUGACAGCAGUAAAAACGCCCAAAUACCAUACUCAGCCGAAAUUUGUUGACUUUUCCUAAAGUGACCCAAAAUGCUCAAAUAUGGAAAUACUUAAAAAUCUUAAACUUUUUAAGGUGCUACAAAUUUUAGU